GCUCUCCUCCCCUCGCGUCGCAGCAGGCAGACGCGUAGACGCCCCCACCAAACCAAAUCGCUUUUAGACCCGAAGCGUUUCGGCUCCCCCAGAGCAAAGCUGCUCGUGCACCAAACGAAGAGGCGGAAGAGCUGGUGGCUAGGCAGAUGGCGUCGCCGUCGUCGUCGCUGUGCUCCAGCUUCGCCUCCCUGCGGACGGCCUCCCUCGGCCACCGCCGCGGCCUCGUCUUCUCCGCCCCCAGGAAGGCAUUCCAAGUGAGGGCAUCAGCUCGGGUUGACAAGUUCUCAAAGAAUGACAUCAUUGUGUCCCCUUCCAUUCUAUCUGCAAACUUUUCCAAGCUUGGUGAACAGGUAAAAGCUGUGGAGGUGGCAGGAUGCGACUGGAUUCAUGUUGACGUCAUGGAUGGACGAUUUGUGCCAAAUAUCACGAUUGGACCUUUGGUUGUUGAUGCUCUCCGUCCAGUGACUGAUCUUCCAUUGGAUGUACAUCUGAUGAUUGUGGAACCUGAGCAGCGAGUCCCAGAUUUUAUUAAGGCGGGUGCUGAUAUUGUUAGUGUCCACUGUGAACAAUCAUCAACCAUCCAUUUGCACCGAACAGUCAAUCAGAUUAAAAGUCUAGGAGCAAAGGCAGGAGUUGUUUUGAAUCCAGCGACUCCACUCACCGCAAUAGAUUACGUUCUUGAUGUUGUCGACCUGGUCUUGAUUAUGUCUGUGAAUCCUGGGUUUGGUGGCCAGAGCUUUAUUGAGAGUCAAGUAAAGAAAAUUGCAGAGUUGAGAAGGUUAUGUGCAGAGAAGGGAGUAAACCCCUGGAUUGAGGUUGAUGGUGGUGUUGGUCCGCAAAAUGCCUACAAGGUCAUUGAAGCUGGGGCGAAUGCCAUUGUUGCUGGUUCUGCAGUUUUUGGGGCUCCAGACUACGCUGAAGCUAUCAAAGGAAUCAAGACCAGCCAAAGACCUGUAGCUGUACCGGCAUGAGGAACUGGAACUGUACUCAAUUACCCUGUGCAAGUUUAGCAGUGCUGCGAUUUGUAUAGAUGUGUGUCUUGAUGAGCCAUACGUUAUAUUGGACAUCAAAGAAGACGGAGGCGGUGAAGAAAUAUCCCUUUUCUUUCCUCAUUUUCCUCGAGGGUGCCUGCCUUGUACUGCUUCCCAGAAUGUUGUGUGAUAUUAAAACGUACACGGGAUCGUUCUUGGCGAAAAUCCGGCCAUGUGUACAUCGGCAGUUGAUUGAAACCCUGGUACCAGGGCCUUCGCAGUUUUGCCUCCCCAA